ACCGAAAAGACAAAAAAAAAAAGAAAAAAAACUUCACCUUUUUUUUUUCUUCUCCCGAUCUGGGUUUGAUCAUCAUCACUAUCCUCCUCACAGAUACCGACUACCUCAUCCUUUGAUUCCCGGCGGUGGAUCUCCCGUCUCCGAUGAUGCAUCCUCCUUACGUCGAGUACCAGAAAGCCGUCACGAUUCGUAACGAGGUCAAUCUAAAAAAGGAGACUUUAAGCCUCGAACCCGACCCGGAGAAUCCGAAUCGACUUCUCGUCUCCUUCACGUUUGAUGCAGCCUUGCCCGGAAGGAUCACAAUCGUUUUCUUUGCUAAAGAAGAAGCACAAGGCAAUCUUAUAGCCACAAAGGAAGAUACUUUGCCUCCAAUCACAUUCGAUUUCGGUAAAGGACUUGGUCAGAAGUUCAUACAACCAUCUGGAACAGGUAUAGACUUGACGGUAUUUGAAGUUUCCGAGCUAUUCAAGUCCUCAGAAACAGCUGUCUACCCGCUUGCGAUUAAGGCAGAGGCACAAGGAAACUCGGGUUCCAUGGAUGCGCAGAUUACUAUAGUAACCACCUAUGUGAAGGAGAAAGAAGAGAUUAAGAUAGGAGUGGUGAAGCAGUGUCUGUGGACGAAUGGGAUUCGUUUUGAGUUGCAAGAGAUAUAUGGGACGGGGAACAUGGUUGAUGGUUGCUAUGAGGGUAAAGAUUGUGUUAUAUGCUUGUCUGAACCACGCCAAGUAACUGUUCUUCCUUGCAGACACAUGUGUUUGUGUUGCGGGUGCGCCAAAGCGUUAAGGUUUCAGGGAAAUCUGUGUCCUGUUUGCAGACAGCCUGUCGAGAGGUGUUUGGAGAUUCCGGUAGAAGCAAUGAGGGGGGUAGAGAUGGAGUUAGAGCAUAUUUAGUUAAGCAAUCGAUUUAUGUAAUCUAUGCUAUUCUUAUUCAAGACAUAAAAUGUUAUGGUUCAAUAUAUAUAUAAGGUGGAAACUGAGUUUUUAAAUA